CCAGCUUCCAAGAUGGCAGCCUCGGUGGCGAGGGUUCUGAAAGCUGCUGGCGGGCGACAGCUUCUGCUAAUGGUGGCGAGGCGACGUCCCGUUCUGAGGCAGCCAUUCUUGCUCAUGCCUAGGAAAUUUUGGGGCACAUCAGCUCUGAGGUCAGAAGAUCAAAAGCAACCCCCCUUCUCAUCAACUUCUGCACAUGCUGGGACCCCAGAACAUGCUGAAGAACAAUAUCAGCAACAGCAGCCUCCCCCCAGAUACACAGAUCAGGCAGGAGAGGAAUCAGAAGGUUAUGAAAGUGAGGAGCAGUUACAGCAGCGUAUCCUCUCUGCAGCUUUACAGUUUGUACCAGACUUUGGUUGGUCAGCAGAUGCUAUUGCUGAAGGAGCCAAGUCCCUGGACAUGUCAGCAGCAGCAGCAGGAAUGUUUGAGGAUGGAGGCAGUGAGCUUGUCCUACACUUUGUUACUCAGUGCAAUUCGCAACUGACUGAACUUUUGGAAGAGGAGCAAAAACUGGUCCAGUUAGGCACUUCUGAGAAGAAGCCAACAACUCAGUUCUUGAGGGAUGCAGUUGAAGCUCGUUUAAGGAUGCAUAUCCCGUAUAUAGAACAAUGGCCACAGGCAUUGGGAAUGCUACUGCUCCCACGUAAUAUUCCUUCCAGCCUAAAGCUGCUCACUGCAAUGGUGGAUGACAUUUGGCAUUAUGCAGGAGAUCAGUCUACAGAUGUUAGCUGGUACACACGUCGAGCAGUGCUGACUGGUAUAUAUAACACAACUGAGCUAGUAAUGUUGCAAGAUUCUUCUCCAGACUUUGAAGACACAUGGAAAUUUCUUGAAAACCGCAUUUCUGAGGCCAUGACAAUGGGAACCUCCGUGAAACAGGUGGCAUCUACUGGAGAAGCUGUGAUACAGGGUCUGAUGGGAGCAGCUGUUACAUUAAAGAAUUUAACAGGAUUGAACCAGCGCCGGUGAAUGAGAGCAGAGUGUGUAACCAAAGCUUGACAUCUUCGCACUCCAUAUCUCCAUCGCUAUAAGCUGGUUGUUAAAGAAUAGGCACUUUACUGUGUGUAAUAAAGUUAUUUGUACAUUGA